GCCGUGCCCAGUCGGUGUGAUCCCAGCCGUGCCGAGCCGGUAGGAUGAGGGGCAUCCUCUGCUUCUGCACCCUGAUCCUCCUGGAAGGCAUGGCAGAAGCUGUCAGCUCAAGCAGGGACUGCCUUCAAGCAGGUGAGUCCUGUACCAACGACCCCAUCUGCAGUGCCAAAUUCAGGACCCUCCGGCAAUGCAUCGCGGGCAACGGGGCCAACAAGCUGGGCCCCGACGCCAAGAACCAGUGCAGGAGCACAGUGACAGCCCUGCUCUCCAGCCAGCUCUAUGGCUGCAAGUGCAAGAGAGGCAUGAAAAAGGAGAAGCACUGCUUGAGCGUCUACUGGAGCAUCCACCACACGUUGAUGGAAGGCAUGAAUGUACUGGAGAGCUCCCCUUAUGAGCCCUUCAUCAGAGGCUUUGAUUACGUCCGGCUGGCAUCCAUCACGGCAGGGGCUGAGAACGAGGUGACCCAGGUGAACCGGUGCCUGGACGCCGCCAAAGCCUGCAACGUGGACGAGAUGUGCCAGCGGCUGCGGACCGAGUACGUCUCCUUCUGCAUCCGCCGCCUGGCCCGCGCCGACGCCUGCAACCGCGCCAAGUGCCACAAGGCUCUGCGCAAGUUCUUCGACCGCGUGCCGCCCGAGUACACCCACGAGCUGCUCUUCUGCCCCUGCGACGACACGGCCUGCGCCGAGCGCCGGCGCCAGACCAUCGUCCCUGCCUGCUCCUACGAGUCCAAGGAGAAGCCCAACUGCCUGGCGCCGCUGGACGCCUGCCGGGAAAACUACGUCUGCAGGUCACGUUACGCCGAGUUCCAGUUCAACUGCCAGCCAUCCCAGCAGGCUGCCAGUGGCUGCCGGAGGGACAGCUAUGCUGCCUGUCUGCUGGCCUACACUGGGAUCAUAGGCAGCCCCAUCACACCCAACUACAUUGACAACUCAACUUCCAGCAUAGCUCCCUGGUGCACGUGCAAUGCCAGUGGCAACAGACAGGAGGAGUGUGAGAACUUCCUGCAUCUCUUCACCGACAACAUCUGUCUCCAAAAUGCCAUCCAGGCCUUUGGCAACGGGACCUACCUGAAUGCAGCUGUGGCCCCAUCCAUCCCCCCCACCACACAGAUGUACAAGCAGGAGAGGAACGCCAACAGAGCCGUGGUGACCCUCAGAGAGAACAUCUUCGACCACCUCCAGCCCACCAAGGUGGCCGGGGAGGAGAGGCUCCUGCGGGGCUCCACUCGUCUGUCGUCAGGGACUUCCAGCCCAGCAGCUCCUUCUCCACUGCAGACCUGGCUUCUCCCCACCCUGGCUGCCCUGGGCCUCUCUGUGAUGUGAGGCAAGGUGGGCACAAGCCUGGCAGAGACUCUCUUUGUGUUGGUUUCUUUACAAAAACAACCAGACCCGUAACUUUUUCGGGGGGGAGGGAGGGGGAGGAGAGAAGGGAUGGGAAGGAGAGGUGAGCGUGUGGGCAUCCCUUCCUCCUCCUCAUCCCUCUGCCAAUGUAUUUGAUUUUAUACAAUCAGCAUCGUUGACAACCAGCUCAUUCUUGGUCCUGGCCAGCUUUCCACCCCACAGCUUGGUUGUUGUCUCUCCAGCUCUCUCUGGGUGGGGCCGGAGCCACAGACCAUUCCCUUGGAAAAGGUGAAGGAGAAAGUCAAGUCAAGAAAUCAGAGCUGCAAAGGAAAUGCUUUUGCCUGCUCCAGCCAAGAGGGGAAAGACUUCUGAUGGGUGAGCUCUCAGGAAGUUUCCUGAAGCCCUGACUCAUGCUGGGGGACUCUUGACAGGACAUUAUGGUUGGACUUGAUGAUCUUCAGAGUCCCUUCCAACCAGGAUGAUUCUGUGUCAAACAACGUGGAGUUCAGACUGUCUCCAGGGUUGCUCAGGACCCACAGGACAGCCCACCUGGUUCAAACUAUAGAAGCUACAGCACCAGUGAGAAGGUGGUUGGUUUUGUUCCCAGAGAGGAUCCUGGAGCACCUCUGGGGUGGACAGAGCAACCAGGCUACCAACUGGCUCAGAGGGAUUGUCCACCCCCUUGAAACUGUGGCUGGUGUGCACCUCCCAGGUGUCACCCACCCCUCGGGCCCUCCUCUGUGGAGAAACGUGUGUCAUGCAGAGAUGGUGUUCAGGAAGAAACACAUGUGUUGGGUUUUGUUUACAGCUGGCUUCCUCCCUGUCCCAGCCUUCACAGCUCUACUCACCGGCCCUGUAAAGUGUCUGGGGUGGGUAUUUUUUGGUCACACCCAAACAACCAGAGGACAAUGCUGUCCCACUCCAAGCUAACCUUUCUCCAGGUGGAAUGAACCCUGUGAACCCACAGGCAGGACUUGACACCAGCCCAACACGACAGAUUCCCACGUGCUGCCUCUCCCUGAGAGGCAGAGGGUCUUCAGUCAAGGGGGGUUCAUUAAUGAUGCAAGCAAGAAACAGGGUAGAAAAGGUUUGCUAGACACCACCCUGGGGACAUAAACAUCCAGCCAGUUUCUGGAAAUGCCAAGUCAUGAAUCAUGUCACGGGCAGGGAGUUGGUUGCUGAGGUUCCCCUGCUUGAAGAGCUGAUGGAGCCAACUGCUUGUGUCCAGGUUAGCACGUGAAGGACGUUGUCUCCUGCCAAGUGCUAGUUGCUCAGCCAAGAGGUGGUUUGAGCAAAGGCUGCUGGAGGGACCCACUGAGCUGCAGCCAGAGCCCAGCUGGAGGGUGAGGACAAACAUCUCUCUGGUCUCUCGGGGCACAGGGAGGCAUCACCUCUGGCUACCUGAGCAUUCUUCCCUCGAGAAGAUGAGCUGAGGACUUCCAGCACCUUCCUGGGAGGCUGAACUCCUUGUUAGAUCAAGCCAAGAAAGAAGACGGUACAGAAGGUUUCCCAGGAUAUAUUCUUACCCAGGUUGACCACCACAAGAGGCACAGGAUUAGCUCCAGGAUCUCACUGAGCAUUUAUCCCUUGGCUUUGCAGCACCCCAUUUAUGCCUUGGUUUGUGCUCCUCCAAGGGAAGUCAUUAGUUCCUUAGCAUCUGAAGGCAGAGAAAGGCUUGGCAAGAGCUGGAGCAGCCAGGUCCAGCACUUUUCAUUCCCAGUUCCUGCAGAACACCUUCCCUUGCUUUUUUUGCUUCAGAUUUUGCUGAGAAACUGCAGCAACUUUCCUGGGUUUUGGUCCAAUAUGAAACCCCCCUUGUCUUCAAAUGGACGAGAGCGGAUGUGUGAGACAUGCACAGAAAUCCUCCUGGCUGCAUCCUAGCCAAAGUUCAGCUCCUCGAGGUCCUCGUGGCUGUAGCAUCUGGUUG